CUCAAAUGCGGUUCCUUAUGUUCUCACACUACCAGAACCCCUUUUAAAAGGCAACACACAACUGUGCCUGUAUAAUUACGCUCCCUAUAGAAGUGAAUUUAAUUUGCCUUGAGUUAAUGUAUGGCACUGGCUUGCUUCAUACAACCUGCUUGAGUCUAAGCCCAGGAUAACACAACCCAUACUACAUACGGCAUCGUCACACAUUAUACGAUGCUAAGACAAUGGCUGGAUUCCCACAAUAUGCUUGAGACACAAACUGUCCAGCCCUAUUUUAGGACAGGCAACUGCUCAGCUUCUAUCUGUACUUAAUGGAAUCCAUUCACCAAAUAGGGUGAAGGUUGUCUUAGUAGAGAACCAAACCUGUCAUCUACUCUCCCAGAUGUGUGCAAAGCUUUGUUGCUAGUUGUAACUAUUUACGUGACUGUAUCAAGAACAAAAAUACAUUUCUUCAAAAUUUAAACUGAUCAGAAUAACCUAAGGAGCAGUGUCUCAAGAAUGACUCUCUGGACAUUGAAUAUGAAAAAUAAGACAGCUGCCAGACUUUACCUUAAACAGGCCGCAUCCUUCAACCUAUAUCAGUUUUGUAUUCCCAGGACUCAGCUUUUGAGCCACGCUGAAGAUAGAAAAUGCCUAAACGAAAAUGUGUCUUUACCGAAAAACUGAAGCAGAAAUAUCCUCAUUUUCGCAAAGGUAGAGAUGACUAUGAAGCAGAGUGCUUGGUCUGCAAAGCUGGCACGUUUGUGUCAGUUGCACAUAAAGGUGCCAGUGACCUGGAGUAUCACAUGUCCUCUGAAAAGCACAAGAAAGCCCUUGGAGGAGACAGUUGGUCUGCAAAGCUGACUGAGUUUUUUGUGAACCCAGGCACCAAAGCAGAGGACGCUCUUGCUGCAGCUGACAGCACUCUAGCGUUCCACACUAUCCCAAAUCACAACAGCUACAAAUCAAUGGACAGAACCUCCGACUUACUAAGAAAAUUAUUUCCUGAUGCAGACAUAGCUCAAAAAUUUUCCAACACCCAAACGAAGACCGAACCUAUUGAGAACUCUCUGCUUGCCCAGCAUGCAGUCAACAUUGACCUGAAGGCACUUGAGGAAAAUUGCAUCCCUUUCUGUGGAGUGGCUAUGGAUGACAGCAAUCACAGUGCAGUGAAAAUGUUUCCCGUACUUAUCCAAUAUUAUGACUACAGGAAUGGUGGCUUGAGAACCAAACUCCUAGAACUUCAGGAAACAGCCACUGAGACGGGCGAUGCCGUUUCAGACUACCUUGUCAGAGUUCUCAAGAAAUACGGAUUGCUCCAGAAGUGUGUGGCGUUUGCAGGGGACAACUGCAACACCAUGAUUGGUGGGCUUCGGCAAGAUGACGCAGCAAGGAGUAUCUUCACCAAGUUGAAGAAAGCACUCCAGAGAGAGUCGUUAAUUGGGGUGUACUGCCCUGCCCACAUUUUGCACAACUGCAUCCAUCACGGAGCAGACACCCUCGAUGUGGACAUUGAGCACAUCAUUCUGAAGAUCUACCAGUACUUCCACAUCUACACGGUACGGACUGAGCUCCUACAAGAAUACUGUGAGUUUGUCGAGGUGGAGUAUAAAAGACUGCUCUCCCACAGCAAGACUCGGUGGCUGUCCUUAUUCCCUGGCAUCACAAAACUGCUUCAGGUGUAUCCAGCCUUGAAGUCCUUCUUCUUGGCCCAGAGCAAUCCACCUACUGUGCUCAGGAACUUUUUUGAGGACGAGUUCGGUGAGCUGUACCUUUGGCACAUGCAUUCGCUCAUGAACGCAUUCCAUUUACACAUUGAAGAGAUGGAACGGGAAAAUAACUCCCUUGUGGAAGUGAUGAAGACGUUGGACUCCGUGCACACCAUCCUGCUUGAUCGUAGAGCUCAGAACUUCAUGUCCCUCACGGUGAAGGGGAUGCUCGCGGAGAAGCGCAAGGAGGGGCUAGAGGCAGCGUGCGAUGCUUUCUCUGACGCAGUGCAUCGCCUCUACAGUAACUGCAUAGAAUACCUGGAGAUGUGGAUGGCAUCUCUGCAGGAGUUUUCCUGCUUCACGUGGAUGGCUCUCAGUGAUACGCCAAGCUGGAGUGAUGUGGAGGCAUGCAUAACGUACUUAAUUGAAAAGGGUGUAGCUGUUGAUGACAUCAAGUGUUUUGAUCAGUUCAACAAUUUGAAAAAAUUUGUUGAGGCUUCCAGUGAUGAAGAAGAGUUCCAACAUCUGCUUUCACACCAAAAAUGGACCAAAUAUUUCCUGAAAGCUAAAGCCAUUGAAUGCUAUUCAGAGCUGUUAAAAAUUGCCCAGUUCUUCUUUGCAAUUCCUCCACACAGUGUAUAUAUGGAAUGGAGUGCUUCUGUUCACUGAUACAAAGCCUGUAGGUAAAGGAAAGGG